CCUUUCCUCCCUUACCCCCUCCCUCACAUCCGGGGAGUGGUGAUUUCCCACUUGGCCUAGGUCCCACGGUUUGGGUGUUGAUUGGGGAGGGUCCGCCUUUUCCGACUUCCACCUCCAGAAGAGGGGUGCAGGGAAGGAUCCCGUGCAAGGGAAGUAACUAUUGGUCACGUCACAGUCAGGGUCAGCCUACUAGCUCGGAUGGGGUCGAAAAAGCUGACCUGGCAAGAGGAGCACCAGGAGCCCAAGCCCUGAGCCACUUUGCGCAGCCUUCCACUCGGUUCCCGCCGCCCGAGCCAAGGAGGGGACAGUGAGCGCAGUACUCAAAGGAAGCACCUGGCUGGGCCCGGCCCGGAAUCCUAGGGAUGAUUACCGACGUGCAGCUCGCCAUAUUCGCCAACAUGCUGGGCGUGUCGCUCUUCUUGCUUGUCGUUCUCUAUCACUACGUGGCCGUCAACAAUCCCAAGAAACAGGAAUGAAAGUGGCGCUUUCUCCGCCCCAGGGUUCCAGGACAUAGUCUGAGGCCAGAUGGAGGGUGUGAGGGGCCUUCACACUUCACUUCAUCCCUUCUGCCCAUCACAACAUACAAAGCAACUACACCUGGAAUUUUCCAAACAAGUUUUAUUUCCUCAAAGUCUUCUUAACCUUAUGGAACAAGAAGCUGCCACUGAAUAGAGCCCAGUAUGGGGGCUACUUUCUUUUCUACUCCCUAAUACAAAAAUAUAUAUAUUUUUUGUGGUC